AUGAAGCAGUGGAUCACAAACCAGGAUGGGCUCGAGAACAUCAAGCUGGUGGAUGCUCCUGCCCCCGACGCUGCUGGGCUGAAGGAAGGAGAGGUUCUGGUCAAAGUGAACCGCGUCUCGCUAAACUACCGCGACACCGAAGUCGUAAUGGGCCUAUACGGGCACCAUGACUCCAUGAAGCAGGGGGCCAGUGCAUUGGUGCCUUGCUCCGACAUUUGCGGUACUGUCGUAAAGGUUGGUGCAGGCGUGACGACACUGAAGGAGGGAGAGAGAGUCAUGGCGACUUUCAACCAGACACACGUCAAGGGCCAGAUCCAAGAAAAAGACAUGGGGUCUGGUCUUGGCCUCCCAAACCCGGGCUGUCUGACCGAAUACCGCGUAUUCCCGGACUAUGGUCUCGUCGUGGUACCCGGCUAUAUGUCGGAUGAGGAGGCCGCCACCCUGCCCAUUGCUGCCGUCACGGCGUGGAUGAGCAUCAAUGGCUUUCAGCCAGUCGGCCAGGCGCUGACCGGGAGCGACAAGGUCGUCCUCCUCCAGGGCACGGGCGGCGUCUCCGUCUCGGGCCUGCAGAUCGCCAAGGCGCUCGGCUUGACCGUCAUUGUGACGUCGUCGUCGGACGACAAGCUGGCGCGUGCCCGAGCCAUGGGCGCAGACCAUACCAUCAACUACCGGACGACGCCAGAGUGGCAAAAGACGGUGCUGGAGAUCACAGGCGGCAAGGGCGCCGACGUGGUGCUCGAGACGGGCGGCGCGGAAACGCUGGCCAAGUCGUUUGAGUGUGUCGCCUUUGGCGGGCUCAUUAGCUGCAUCGGCUACCUGUCGGGCAAGGAGGAUGCCCCGGGCAGCCGCAUGAACACCAACUUGUUGGCGCUCAAGCGCAAUGUCACACUCAAGGGCAUCCUCAACGGGCCCAAGGACCGCUUCGAGGAGAUGCUCGGCGUGUAUGAAAAGGCACAGAUUCACCCCGUGGUCGACAGGACGUUUGAGUUUGUCGAGGCUAAAGAGGCGUUCCAGUAUCUCUAUGGUGGUAAGCACUUUGGAAAGGUCGUCAUCAAGGUGGCGUAA